UCAAAUAAAUGAGUUUCAUAGAAAUUUUACUGCAAAUAGAAAGCAGCAGAGAAGAGAAACAAAACAAGCACACAGCUUGGAGAGACAGAGACACGUAGACAGAGAAACACAAACACAAAUACAAAACAAAACAACAGAGAAUGGAAUGGAACAGAGCAUUCCGAUUCAUUUGUAGUUGUGAGUGUGAUAGCUGGUAACAAAAAAGAAAGAAAAGAAAAGCCAUUGAUUAUUAAUUUAAUUAAUGGCUAAGACAGAGGUGAAUGAUUCUUCUGAUCCGACUGUGAUGGCGAAAGUGACAGAGUUGAAGAAAGAGUUGCAGAGAUUGGUGAAGGCUAUAGUUGAUGAUGAUGAGGAUUGUAGCAUUGAAAGCAUUGAUGAGGCUAAGGAAAAGCUUUGUGCUUUGAAGGAAUUGAAGCAGAGGAGGAACCAGCGUUCGCUCUCGGUGAAGCUUCUUGACUCUUUGACGUGUCCUGAGGAGUUUCGUUGCCCUUUGUCCAAGGAAUUGAUGAGAGAUCCUGUUAUGCUUGCCACAGGCCAGACAUAUGAUAGACCCUUCAUUCAGAAAUGGCUAAACGCUGGCAACCGGACAUGCCCUCUAACCCAACAAGUUCUCCCUCACACAAUUCUUACUCCAAAUCACUUAGUCCGAGGAGUGAUAUCUCAGUGGUGUAGAAGCCGGGGCAUUGAAUUGUCAGAUUCUGUUCACAAUAUUAAUGAUGAAGGGGUAACAGAUGCAGUUCGUGACCAUUUUCUUUCUUUGCUGGAGAAGAUGUCUUUGACACCUACUGAACAAAAAAAAGCUGCAAAAGAGCUUCGGCUGUUGACAAAGAGGAUGCCCUCAUUCCGGGCACUCUUUGGUGAGUCUUUAGAUGCCAUUCCUCAAUUGCUCAAUCCUUUUUCUGAAAACAAAUCUCAAACCAGUAUUCACCCAGAUCUCCAAGAAGACGUGAUCACGACACUCUUGAAUCUCUCAAUCCAUGACAGCAACAAAAAGCUUGUUGCUGAAACUCCAAAGGUAAUUCCUCUACUUACAGAAGCAUUGAGGUCAGGAACCAUUGAGACAAGGACCAAUGCUGCUGCAACCCUUUUCACUUUGUCAGCUCUUGAUUCAAACAAGGCACUUAUUGGGAAAUCUGGUGCACUAAAACCACUCAUUGACCUAUUAGAAGAGGGACAUCCUUUAGCUAUGAAAGAUGUUGCUUCAGCAAUCUUUAGCCUAUGCAUGAUCCAUGAGAACAGAUCUAGAGCUGUGCGGGAUGGUGCAGUGAGAGUGAUUCUGAUAAAGAUCAUGGACCGUAUGCAUGUGGAUGAGUUGUUGGCUAUCCUUGCAAUGCUCUCAAACCAUCCAAAGGCCAUUGAAGAAAUGGGAGAAGUUGGAGCUGUUCCUUGCUUGCUUAGCAUUAUUAGAGAGAGCAGUUGUGGACGGAACAAGGAGAAUUGCAUUGCGAUCCUCCACUCUAUCUGUUUGAAUGAUCGAACUAAGUGGAAGGAAAUGAGAGAAGAAGAGAACACCUAUGGAACCAUCUCUGAUCUUGCUAAGAAUGGAACUUCAAGAGCCAAGAGAAAGGCCAGCAGCAUUCUUGAGAGACUGAACAGGGUUGUUAAUAUAAUGCAUACUUCAUGAUCAACUCGCUUGUGCACAAGUAUUCAGUAAUUCAAGAGUACAAUGUCAUUGUACUCUCUCCUCUCACGUAAUUGUGGAUUCUAGUAAUUAAAUUUAUGGCAGAAUCCACCAUUUAAGUAAGAGAAAAGAGUGCCAUGACAUUAUACUCUGGGAGUAUCUAAUAAUUUUACGUUGUGCACCACAAAAGAAUGCAUUACUUUGUAAAUUCUGCAUAUAUUUCCAGCUGUUUAUGGUCCUUAACGCUGCUCUCAGGCCUUGUGUGGAUCUUUCUCAAUUGCCCUUGUGUAUAUUCUCGUUCUGUCUGGAAUUUCAACUGUAGGUUCAUGAUGUCUUUCUUUUUCUUUUUUUUUUUUUUUUUCUUUUAAAGAUUUUGGUAAGUGGUUCAUGAGUUUGUUACUGUGGUUCUGUGAAUAAAUACAAAUGAAGCUUUUAUUUAUAA